AUGGCGGGUGAAUCGGUCUCCUUAUUGACAGAAAAAACCAAAGUGAGAGUCAGUUCUGUCUUGAACCGUGAUUCUAACCAGUAUGGAAAGAAAUACAUGUUUGAUAAAAAUGAAGACACUUGUUGGAACUCAGAUCAAGGUUCACCUCAAUUUGUUAUCCUGGAAUUUCCAGAAGAAGUUUGUGUGAAGGAAAUUCAGAUUCAGUUUCAGGGUGGAUUUGUAGGAAAGGAGUGUUGUCUUGAAGGUGGAACAUCAUCUAGCAGCUUAACACCAUUCUUUGAAUUUUAUCCAGAUGAUUUUAAUACACUUCAGACUUUUCCAGUCACAAUUUCAAGGAGGAUGAAAGUUUUAAAGAUCCUAUUUUCAAGUAGUACGGAUCUUUUUGGAAGAAUUACAAUUUACAAGCUUGAUGUGUUAGGCUGCUGACAUCCAUUCUCCAAUACCUGAAUUACAUGCUUGUACA